UCAAAACUGCGGUUAUUAUUACUGGUGUCAGAAGUAUUGUUGUUACCUUAGCAAGUUAAACUUACGUAGAUUGACAAAGGAUGGACCAUCUACCUCUUCCUUGCAGGACCAAAUACAAAAGACAUGAAUCACCAGGGGUGAUUUUAUGUUAACUUCACGGAAAAAUGUGCCAUAUGUAUGAUGUUUGCACUUCAUUACGAAUUCGUUCUUUUUUCAUUCUGACAAAACCGAACUUUAAUUUACAAGUUUAAUCAACAAUGUGCAGUGUUGUAAGGAAAUUCUUUUUCAGAGAAUAAACCUGUUUAUGAGAAAAAAAUAUAUUUAACUCCGGAAAAUGCUCACGUGUGGAUUAUUAUACCAGUUUGUGAAAGAAAAUGCUAUUAAUGUGUCUUGUUUGUGAAACUAAACCCGGUAUUUUUAAUCUAAUAAUUAUUUUUUAAACUAUAACUUUAUAAUUUAUCUGGGAAAACAAAUCCUUCGCUGAAAUCGAACCGUUGUCUCUUAGCUUCGGAAAACUGCAAAUAUUAAUAAACCCUUUUAUUUAAUUAAUUUACUUUUUUGAACAAAUCUAUUCAGUUUUAGUAUUGGUUUAUUUUUGUUACUUGUGUUGUUUCUGUUUCCAAACUUCCUGGUUGUCCAAACAAGGAAACACGUGAGUCUAACAACAGUCACUUUUCACUAGUUUCCAUCCGGCCAAAUUCCACGAUCGACCAAUUCUAAUCUCGCCAUAUAUGUCAUUUGACUGUGGCCAUGGUGGAGCACUGCCUUUAGUCGAACAAAUCAACCCCAGGACUUAUUCUUUCUGAAGAUAAUCCGUGGAGUAAACUCCCAGAUAAUACCAAUUUUGUCUUUCAUAAUGAAUACCCAUAACAACACCAGAAAAACAACAGACGUUUCUCGGGGUCCCAUUUGUGAGCAACACAAACGAUGUAAAAAUGGAUCCUGCGUAUCGGAUAUCAGCUUGUGUUCUGAUAAAGAAGACAAUGUUAAUACCAUUUUGGUGAUGAUUAUCAUAGGUUUAGCAAUAGUUAUAUUCCUCACCAUUGUCUACUGCUUGCAGCAACGAGGACGUCACAGAGCACAGACCACAUCUGAUUCUCAGAUGGAAGUAAACUCUUCAGCUGAUGUAGAGUCUGACAACCUGUCACUAUAUCAACCACCUCCACCUUAUGAAGAGGUCAUUUCUACAAAUAGAUAUCCAAUGACACCAGAAAGACAGAGAAUGCAAUCUUUCUCGUUGAACGUUCCAGUCACUCCCCCUCCGAACUACGAGACAGCCUUAAAUAUCUUGGCCCGCAGCCAGGAGAUAGUGAAUACGAAGCCCUCAUUGUCAUCAAGUCCAUCACAUCCAGAUUCCAUGCGAAGAUGUAGAUCUGAAGAUAUCUUAUCACCUCAACAUCUGCGAGAUAAUCUGCCGCCAUUCACCUACAUACCACAGUUAAUCAGUAACACUAAUUACAACAACAACAACAACAACAGCACUAGCAGCAGCAGCAAUCGAUAACUUCGUUGGUUGAUUUAAUUGAUUCAAAUGAUUGAUUGUCUUUAAAGUUUGGAUAGAAUGAUUGCUUAUGGUUUUAUAAACAAAAAGCCACCCAAACCAGCUGCCAGUGACAUUCCAGACUUGCAGAGUGUCUACAAGAACCAUUUUCUUGAAUAGUAAUACUAAUCAAGGUGCAAAAAAAGAAAAAUAAGAAAAGAAAAAAAAACUGAUCAACCCAAAAUGUCCCUUGGUUUGUAUGGCCAUCACUCAAUUCUGAUAUAAACUGGUCAUUUUAUAUUAGAAUUUCUUGGCAACCUUCAACAACCAUUGUCCUGAUAUUCAUCUGUCAUUUCUGAAUUUCAACUUCCAGAGAUUGCACUAGUGAUGCAAAAUAUGCCAGAAAUAUUUUCAAACGAUUCUCUUCAUAAAUUCCUGAUUUUUCUCUCUGAAGAGACAUCCCAAAUUUUCUGUGAGUGAUGAUGAUGAUGAUUGUCUCCAUACAGAAUACAGAAAAUACGACAUGGUAUCUAGAUUUACAGAAAAAUAUACUUGCUACCAUUUUUUUUUUUUAUGUUCAUUGUUUUGUUCAUUUUUACAAUUGUCUUUCCAUGCUAGCAUGAGUUAGAGGAGUGUCUUAUUGUGACAUGGUUUUACAACCAGAUGCCCAUCCUGUUAACCCUUAGCUAUUUAUCAAAUAAGGGAUCUCUGAGGCUGUCUUUGUAGUCAGAAGCCAAACAAUUUAACAAGGAAUAUGACAUUGAAUGCUUCUCUAUCUCAUCAAUUUUUAGAGAAAUACCGAUGUAAAGUUUUUUUUUUUUUCGAUUUCUGUAUAUUAAAUCCAUUCAUAACAUGUGUGUAUAAUAUAUAUAUAUGAAUGAAUAUUCUGGGAAUAUGUUCCCCAUUCUUAUACCAUUUUCCUCUACAAAUUUAGAGAAUUGAAGGUUAGUUUGUGUAUAAAUCAAUCAUUUUUAUACUUGAUAUUAAAUUAGGUUAGAAAAGACCUACAGUCUCCUGAGAAAGAAAAUGUUUGACAUCUAAUUUGUUGAGUGUAAGUGUGUCCUUCCAUCCUUGUAAAAGGUUGGGUGAUUAUACAUU